AAAGAUGGAGAGGUUUAUACUUUAUCGAAGUUGUCUCUGCAUUCGAACCAACAUUCGUUCAACCCUCUGCCUAUUGUUUUACAUGCGCAAUGUGGCGUCAGGCCCACUCCUAUGAGCUAUUGCCCACCUCGAAUGAAGGACUGAAAGACCCAUUUGAGAAAAACGAGUCUCAUUUCUAUACUGCUGCGCUCAGGAAGACUUGGUGCCUUUGCAGAGACACAUGCUGCGCUUUAGUGUCCGGCUCAAGUGCGGGUCGUAAACUGGGGAAAGUCGUGCUCAUCUUUAUACCUGUUGUUGUUCUCGCGCUGGUCGUCCUCACUGCUUUGUUCAACCCCUCUUAUGUCCAUCGGCCGCCUCACUACGUUGGCGCCAAUCCGCACAAUGAAAAGGUCUUCAUAGCUGCCAAUAUCGUUGAUGCUGGCCUGAUACGAGGCGCUUGGGGAGAAGCUCUCCUACACCUGAUCGAGCAGCUUGGCCCUGAGAACACGUACCUCAGCAUCUACGAAAAUGAUAGCGGCUCAGAUACCAGGGAAGCUCUCUCAGAACUACGACAGAAAGUCAAAUGCAGAUCAACAAUUACUUCGGAGCAUCUUCCCUUUGAAAACAUCCCAAAAGUCGAACUCCCUUCAGGAGAGAAACGCACAAAGCGAAUCGAAUAUUUAGCAACUGUACGAAAUCGAGCAAUUCAACCCCUUGAAAGGGUUGGGAAAUACACUACGUUUGAUAAGAUUUUGUUUCUCAACGAUGUUGUCUUCUCCCCAAGGGACGCAGCGGAUCUUCUAUUUUCCACCAAUGCAGACUCGGAUGGGCGUGCCCAAUACACAGCUGCAUGUGCGCUAGAUUUUAUAAACCCUUUCAAAUUCUAUGACACUUUUGCUAGUCGAGAUUUUGAGGGAUUCAGCAUGGGUGUGCCAUUCUACCCCUGGUUUGCACCUGGCAAGAGUCGGGAUCAAGUUCUGGACGGCACAGAUGCGGUCCAGGUACAAAGCUGCUGGGGAGGAAUGGUUGCGUUUGACGCAAAGUGGUUUCAGCCGCCAAAGUCGUCCGGACUGCCUAACGGCCUAGAUUUUCAAUCAUCUCCCGGACAUGCUAUUUAUCCCAAUGCAGAGCCGCCUCUCCGAUUCCGCGCCGAAAAGGAAUUGUACUGGGAGAGUUCAGAGUGCUGCCUUAUCCACGCAGAUAUCCAAGCUGCUGCCACAAACGCUGGCAAUUUCAAGGGAAUCUACAUGAAUCCUUUUAUUCGCGUCGCUUAUGACGCGCAUACGCACAAAUUGCUGGAGACAACACGGCGAUUUGAAAAGCUGUAUUCCGGCAUUCAUCGUCUGAUUACGAGUAUGGCUGGCUUACCGAAAUGGAAUCCUCGCCGUGCUGAAAUGCCUGGCGAAACCGUCAAUCAUACCACAUGGAGCCCUUCAUAUCAUCGAUUUGAGGAUAUUGAGCAAGUGGCAGCGCCAGGCGGGUUCUGCGGAAUGCCUGCUCUUCAAGUGCUUAAAAAGCAGCACAAGCCUGGUGAGAAGAUGUGGGAGAGAUUACCAAUACCGUCGCGGUAAUGCUAAAUGUUGUUUUUCAGUACUUAUACCACAUCUGGAUUUUGUAAACCUUGAGAUUUUAAUGAUGAACCAUGAUAUUCCGAUCAAAAAGCAAAUUUUGUCUAAUUGGAUGCUCGUCUGCUUUUCUUAAUUAUGAACUUAAUGAACCUCUUAUAAGUCU